AUGGUCGCGGCUGCAGAGACCGCACAACAGACUACGCAGACAGAGGGAUAUCUCGUAUUCCUCCUCUUCAUCCCUAUACUGACGACGAUAUGGAUUUGGAUGAUUGUGUCGAAACCCGCCAUCGUCUUCCACAUCUCGCAAACGUUCUUCAACUUCCUGGCAAUGUGUACCAUGGCCGGCGCAGCCGGGUUCCAGCAAAAGUGGAAAGUGGGGCCGUCCGGCUUGACUGGCUUUGCCAUCUUCAUCGCCGUUCUCGGCGUACUCUACUCGCUGUUCAUCCUGUUGGUCCCCGUCGUAUACGAGAAAUACGACAAGGGCGCGCGCCUUGCACGCGCACUUCGAGAAACACGCGUUGGGUUCAUUUUGUCGGGCGCUGGCACAGCAGUCAGUCUGCUCAUUGCCUUCAUCGUUACUAUCUCAGCAUGGACAGAACCCGGGUGCAAAGACCCGAGCAAGGACCCCCACGCUAAGCUCGGUAAAGACUUCCAGAAGGGUCUCAGUGGUUUCUGCAGCACCAAGAAGGCUGCUGCCAUAUUCUUUUGGCUUGUAUUCGUCUUUUGGUGCUGUUCGCUCACCCUGACCGUCUUGGACUGGCGUAACGGGAAGACUUCUCGCCCACGUGACCCACCCUUCACCCACCCCGUCGAGCAGGCCGAAGGAUCCAUCUAUGAGCGUGCGGAUGACCACGACGAAGACGAAAUAUCGGACGAGGAGGCUGGCCACAAGCCAUACUCGGAUAACGCAAAUAACAACUACUCCUCCCCCUUCAGCGAUGCGAACCGUCUUUCUGGUGUCCCUACGAACGCUUCCAGUAAUAACCUCUCAUACCAGUCCCCAUCUGCUCCUGCUUUCAGCCCACAGCCAGCGGGCCGCCCCAGCAUCGACGCGUAUGGAGCAUUUUCUGAUCCCGCGCCGUCUGGGUUUGCGGGUGGCUUCGCGCCCAGCCAAUAUCCGGAUGAUCAGCCGCGCGUCAGUCGGACAAUGCAGUACGCAGACCCCUACGCUGCUGUGCGCGCAUCCAUUGCGGGAAGCCAAGUUGGCAGCACGACACCUCCGGCGAGUGGCGCACCUCCACCCGGUUACACGUCCUACGGCGGUUACAGGUAG